AUCAGAUGUGAGGCUUAGAAAGAGUACAGUGAGGUGAUUGGUUAACUCUGUUUAAAUCCAAUUUGGUUGAAACUGUUUGAAACAGUCAACCUUGGAGUGACCAGUCUACAGCUAUAGUUCAUUAUGUUCAUGGUUUUUAGUAUGGUCGCAAUCUUCUAGAUCGCUCUAGUAGUUCAGGCGCGACAUCUAUCGCCAGUGGAAGGGUGCAACCUGUAUGCAUGGUUUUCCUAGUGUCGAAGAUUAUCCGUAAUUCUGCAGUUUCUGAGAUAAAAUCCAUUGGAGAUCGUGAUCGUAGCGUGACGCGUGCAAUUCGUUGGCCGUGGGAGUGUGCCCCCGAGGCGUUUAAUGGAUCCAACUAUCGGUUGGUAUCAACCGGAGCAGUUCGGCCCCGCGAAGGACUUGUGGCUGCACAUUUGGGAGGCCGAGAAGGGACUCGAUAUCCUAACGCUGAAGAACGACAGCUCCUCGAGUACAAUGGGCAACAAGGUCCAGCAGGACUACAUAUCCCUCGACUCUGUGAACAAUCGUAUCGGCGAAGAGCGAUCUGCCACUCGUGGACAGCACAAUACCUGCAAUAGCUAUUAUAAUCCGUCGCGCAGGAAAAGCGAUAACCGCGCGAGCACCUACGGUAUGAACUACAAUUACAAUGCUCUCGUCGGUGAAUACGGCGGUUGUCCCUGGCGUCCGCCCAACAAAGUCUACUCGAAAGGUGUCGUCGGGUUGCAUGAAGAAAUAGAAGACUUCUUCACAUAUAUGUGUCCCUCCAAAGAAGAGCAUAGUUUACGUGUUCGUGUUGUGCAGAGAAUUGAACAAGUCAUUUAUGAUCUCUGGCCCAAUUCAAAAGUAGAAGUUUUUGGAAGUUUUCGUACUGGUCUUUAUUUACCAACAAGUGACAUUGAUCUGGUCGUAAUAGGAAUGUGGACAAAUCUUCCAUUACGCACACUCGAGCGUGCACUAUUGGAUCAAAAUAUAGCUGAACCAUCCUCAAUAAAAGUCUUGGAUAAGGCUAGUGUGCCAAUUGUUAAGCUCACCGACAAGGAAACCGAGAUUAAGGUGGACAUCAGUUUCAAUAUGAACAACGGUGUUAAAUCAGCGGAAUUGAUUAAGUCUUUUAAGCGGCGGUACCCUGUGCUGGACAAACUGGUCAUGGUACUGAAACAAUUCCUAUUGCAGAGAGACCUUAAUGAAGUGUUCACUGGUGGCAUCUCUUCAUACAGCCUUAUUCUCAUGACCAUUAGUUUUUUGCAGUUACAUCCUAGACAGAACGCUUAUUGCCCGAGCGCUAAUUUGGGCGUAUUACUAAUUGAAUUUUUAGAACUGUAUGGUAGAAAGUUCAAUUACGUUAAAACAGGCAUUAGAGUAAAGGAUGGAGGUACUUACAUAUCUAAGGAAGAGGUUCAACGCGAUAUGAUAGACGGACAUCGACCUUCUUUACUCUGCAUAGAGGAUCCACUUACUCCUGGUAACGAUAUAGGUCGCAGUAGUUAUGGUGCUCUUUAUGUAAAGGAUGCCUUCGACUGGGCCUAUUAUGUUCUAUCCCAGGCAGUCAGUCCUCUGAACAUUCUGAUUAAUGAUGCGAAUAAAGUGAGUAUAUUAGGGAGAAUAAUUCGAGUGACGGACGAAGUAAUAGAGUACCGGAAAUGGAUUAAGGAAACAUUCCCACUGCCCCUUGGCGAGACGGAUUCUCUUUCGAGCUCAACUGGUUCCGAUGCAUCAACACUCUCUGCUCCAGCUAGCGACACGGUAAUUCCCCAGGAUGUUGCAUUACAUUGGACUCCCAUCGACUCCGAGUGCAGUCGUGGCAAUUCUCCUAAUACCGGAGGUAAAGCUGACGACAGGAAUAAAGACAGAAAUAUAUACGAGAAUCAACAGUCUCAUCAUCAGCAGUGGAAAAAGUCAUACAAGCCGCCCUCUCAUGGUACGAACCGCCCAGUUAUUAUUGUAAACCAUCAGCACAGUUCGAGAGGAACUUAUCAGCGUGGAGUAAACAACAAUACCGGUGGACCUAAUAAAGGAAAGAGUAGCCAGCAUCACAGUAGCAGUAGCAAUAACAAUAGCGGCAGCCAAAGUCCAAAUUCAAGAGUGUUCACGAUGAAACGUAAGAAGCAACACGUGACACAUCGUAGCCCCGGUGAUUGUGUACGGUGAUGAAGUAUGGGGGCUGGUGGUGUUCCUGCAUAUUAAUCUUGUUCAUUCGGUAACGAAUGGCGACACCAGCGCCAAAUAGCAAUUGGCAAUGUCGCAGUGUGAAUAACCUUAGCAAUACUAGGUACAGUCCAAAUCUUAGAUAGUAGCUAAUUUGCUGCGAUCGAUGAAGUUUUAUAGAAUUGUCUUAAUUUUCUUUUUUUUUGCGAACCUAACACCGAGAAUGUACGGGAGAUUACCUUUUGAAGCAUUUGACAUUUAACGAAUUAUUUUUAUCAUUGAUCGGUGCGUGUGAAACAUCCCUGUGAAAUCGUACGCGAACCGUUUUUUUUUACUUCCCGAACAGGUAAUCAUCCAGAUCAUUGAUUUUUUUUUGUCUCUUUGAAAUUAACGAGCUCCUGCAACAUCGUGAUAUCGUCGAUUGACCGUUUUUUCUUUUUUUUUUCUUCUGUUUUUAAAGUGUGCAUGUGUGUAUGAAUGUGGAUGAGUAUCGGUACGCACGUCGAGUGAAUAAUUUUGUCCGGAAUUACAACCGUCGUAGUUGUUUCGGCUAUUAUUCGUCUAGUAUUAUGCACUUAUCUCGCCAACUUUAAAUAGUGAUUGUGUUCAUAGAGUCACACGCCAAAAAUUGUGUACGAAACUCGUAAUUCUGAAUUCUUCAUAUAAUAGUUACGCUAUUCGUCAUAGUACAUCUUUCCUGGGGGUUUCACGAUUAACGUAAGGCAUACCACUUGUAGUUACGACAAAGACUUAGUUUUCUAUAUGAAACUAUAUUCUUAUAAUACAAGAGCAUAAAAGAAAAUUUGGUGAUAAUGGGACUUGCCCACUGUAAAUAUUGUAAUAUACUCAACUGCUGAGAUUUUGAAAAAUAAGCGUAACAGUUACCUAGUACAUAUUUUUAUUUUAUGCGUGUCCGAACGAAUAUUUCAUACGAUAGUCUCGACGUAUUGUUUAAAUAUGGAUCCGAUCCAUAUAUAUAUAUAUUUGGAAGAUUUAACAUUUUUGUUUUGUAACAUACGUAGUUUUCUAAUAGCUUCGAAGUUAUUUGUACAGAUAUAGCGAUGUACCAGUUAAUUUCCAACAUUACGUGUAAAUUUGUAUGUAAGAGCAAGUCUGAAUGUUUGUUCUCGCACGAAUGAGCCUAAUAGUAAUUAUUGCUCCUAUAUAACUUAUUGUAAUUUGUACAAACUUACGAGAGACUGUAUACAUAAAUUUAAGCGGUCUUUGUGAGAUAUCACUUUAUUUAUAUACAAUAUUGUAUCAUAAUCUCAAGUACAAACAUAUAGUUCAUUACGUUUCAUAAUAAAACAAAAAGCUCGAGCCUAAA